AUGAAGGCUUUGCUUAAAUUAUUUAUAACCAGCGAGCACCAGCAGCUUACCAAAUCGCGCGACUACAAGGGGGGAUGGUCCUUCUACUUGAUCCUAGCUGGCAUCAUCACUACAUUGGGAUUGUCGCUCCCUGUCGGAUAUAACAUAGGAGUUGUUAAUACACCCGCUGACGUAAUAAAACAAUUUUGUAACGAGAGUUUUGUGAGCCGCUACGACGUGCAUCUUGACAAAAAAUGGCUGAACGUGCUCUGGUCUUCUGUGGUUUCCAUUUUCAUUGUAGGAGGAUGUACAGGCUCCAUUCUCGGCUCUGUUCUUGCCAACAGUUUGGGAAGAAAAAUGGCCACGGUAGUGACAAAUGUGCUGUCGAUAGUAGGCGGCGUGUUUUUUCUGCUCUGCGAACGAGCUAACUCUGUUGAGAUGCUUGUUUUAGGAAGAUUACUAGUCGGUUUAUCUGCUGGCCUAACCACCAGUAUAGUCCCCAUGUACUUGGCGGAGCUAGCACCAUCGAAGUUAACAGGCGCCAUGGGUGUAAUCUGCCCCAUGGGCGUGAACGUCGGUGUGCUGGUCGCGCAGGUCAUGGGAAUAGAUAUUUUAUUGGGUCAUCCUGAUCACUGGCCCUACCUCCUAUCCGCCUUUGCGUUUCUAGUCAUUAUAACGUUACCAGUGUUAUUUAUACUCCCUGAGAGCCCUAAGUUCUUAUUUGUAGUUAAGAGAGACGAGGAAAAAGCUUUAAAAGAACUGAGUCGUCUUCGCGGCGUGUCCAUUAGCGUUCUCAACGAUGACAUAGAGCUGCUGCGCGAGGAGUCGCGGCGCAGCGAGAGCGCGUCCCUGUCUGGCGACACCAACUGGUCCAUGAUGAAGGUGCUGCUUGACAAGAGGCUCCGCUUGCCUCUGCUGCUGGUGUGCAGCAUGCAGGCUGGCCAACAAACCAGUGGGAUUAAUGCGGUGUUUUACUAUUCGCAAACAAUCUUCCUUCAAGCGGGGCUAACUGUGAAGAACGCCCAGUACGCCACGAUAGGGUCCGGCUUCAUUAACGUGUGUACGGCUGUGCUGAUGCUCAAGCUGAUGCCGAAGUUCGGUCGGCGGCCGCUGUUGCUGGGCUCUAUUGCUUCUGCCGUGCUGCUGCUGGCCGCCUUGGCGGUCUGCAUGAUGUUUAUGGAUGCAGUGUCGUGGAUGCCAUACGUGUGCAUGAUAGCGGUGCUCUCAUAUGUUCUGGUAUACGGAUUCGGUCUCGGUCCCAUACCUUACUUCAUCGCCUCUGAGAUAUUCGAAGUAGGUCCCCGUCCAGCGGGUAUGGCGUGGGGCUCGCUCGCCAACUGGGGAGGAAACUUCCUGGUGGGGAUGUCCUUCCCGUCGAUGAGGGAAGCGAUAGGCCCUUACUCCUUUCUCAUAUUUUCUGGUGUCACUGCUGCUCUAUUUGUCUUCCAAAAAAUAUACUUCCCAGAAACCCGCGGCAAAACUCCUGCGCAGGUGACCCAGCUGUGCAGUCGUGGUUUUCAGUCGAGACCCCACAGCUCCCCCCAUAUCUUCGACGCUGUGUCCGUAUGA